AUGAAGGUGGAAGUGCUGACUCUGCGCCAGCUGUGCCUCGCCGUGGUGAUGGCCGCCCUCGUUGCCAUGGUGACGGGCGGACGCGGCUCCGGGCGCCGGAAACACAAGGAGGUCUUCCUGGGGGAAAACAGCAAGUUCAAGUUCGGAGGGCGUAUCGACUACAAGCUGAAGAAACAGGACAGCACCAAGACGCUGCUGAUAAAAAGCGAGCAGCUCCUGAGGAUCGAGGAGCACGACUUCGCCAUGAGGCCGGGAUUUGGAGGUGCGGCCAUCCCUGUAGGUAUCGACGUGCAGGUGGAGAGCAUCGACAGCAUCUCAGAGGUCAACAUGGACUUCACCAUGACGCUGUACCUGCGUCACUACUGGAAAGACGAGCGGCUGGCGUUCCCGUCGAGGAACAACCAGAGCAGGACGUUUGAUGCCCGGCUGGUGAAGAAGAUCUGGGUUCCCGACGUGUUCUUCGUCCACUCCAAGCGCUCCUUCAUCCACGACGCCACCAUGGAGAACAUCAUGCUGCGGGUCUACCCCGACGGAAACAUCCUCUACAGCGUCAGGAUCACGGUGACGUCGCUCUGCUCCAUGGACUUCAGCAGCUUCCCUCUGGACACACAGAACUGCUCGCUGGAGCUGGAGAGCUACGCGUACAACGAGAACGACCUGAUGCUCUACUGGAAGAACGGGAACGACUCUCUGAGGACCGACGAGAUCGUCCUGUCUCAGUUCUUCAUCGAGCACAUCCACCCGUCCAGCGGCCUGGCCUUCUACAGCAGCACCGGCUGGUACAAUAGACUGUACAUCAACUUCAUCCUGCGGAGGCACAUCUUCUUCUUCAUGCUGCAGACUUACUUCCCCACCAUGCUGAUGGUCGUUCUGUCCUGGGUCUCCUUCUGGAUCGACAGGAGGGCCGUCCCUGCACGCGUCUCCCUGGGCAUAACCACAGUGCUGACGAUGUCCACCAUCAUCACAGGAGUCUCCUCCUCCAUGCCCCAGGUGUCCUACGUGAAAGCGGUGGACAUCUACCUGUGGACCAGCUUCCUGUUUGUCUUCCUGUCUGUGAUCGAGUACGCCGCCGUCAACUACUGCACCACCAUGGAGGAGAUGAGGAAGAUGAGGAGGGGGAAGCUCCCCUCCACCUUCAACGCCAGCCAGGCCAUGGCCUUCGACGGCUGCUUUCACGACGACGACAUCGAGCUCACUUCGUUCCCGCGCAUGAUGCAGACCCUGACCCCCGACCCCCUCGCAGGCCCGGCCCGAACCCCGGACGCCCCGCGCACAGAGGGAACCCGCCUGCGCCGCCAGCGGUCCGUGCGUGAAAACGUGGACCUGCUGCUCAGCAACAGCUACAUGAUCGACUCGUACUCCCGCAUGGCCUUCCCCCUCUCCUACCUGCUCUUCAACACUAUCUACUGGAGCCUGUACUCUUGA